AUGAAGGAAGACAUCAAGAGUAUCCGGGAAAUCAUCCUCGCCGAGCUCGAGGCUCAUCUAGGGACGGACGUCGCCAUCCUCACACAUUCACAUGGCGGCCUGCCAGGCCUGGCCGCGAUCGAAAACCUAGACAAGAAAUCUCGGAUCGCAGCAGGCUUCCAAAACAGAGUUUCCGCUCUUCUGCCCAUGGCAAGCCUUCUCGUGCCUGCAGGUGUGUCGGGAUUUGACUGGGGCGGCGGGAACAUUCCCCCAUCGAUUGUCGUGAAGAACGUUCCAUCCCCAGUCGAUGGUAAGUUGGAAGUCGAAAUGUCGACUCCAAACCCAAAUCCAGUCCCCAUCGAGUUGUUCUACCAUGAUGUUCCCCAGAAAGAGGCCGAGCACUAUUCUUCGCUGCUCAUUCCGCAGGUCAUUUCCGUCUUUCGCACUCCGGUUCCAUUCGCAGGCUGGAAAAUCGUCCCGAUAUAUUACCUGAUCGCCGAGGAGGACAAGGCGUUUUCUCCGGAGGUUCAGAGGAUGAUUAUAGAUCAGGCAAACGAAGCAAGGCUGCAAGUAAAUCCGGAUGGGGGCAAACUUGUGGUGGUGGAAUCGGUCCAGGCUAGCCACAGUCCCUUUCUCAGCAAGCUUGAUGAAACCGCAGCGUGGAUUCGGAGGAGUCUUGGCGAGACAGUUUGA